CCGUUGGAAGAGAGAGGAAGUCACUAUAGAGUGCUGAGAAAAAGUUUUGCUGAAAUUAGAGGUCAAACACCAGCUUUGAGAGUCAGAAGUUCUGCUUCCCGGUGAAAUGCAGCUUCUGUCACUUCUACUGCUAGCAGUUAUCUUCCCAGGUGGUGACAAUGAGGACGCCUUCCGGGGGCCGAACUCUUACCAUGUCAUCCAGAUCUCACAGUUUGCCAACAGCACCUGGGCGCAAAAUCAAGGCUCAGGCUGGUUGGAUGAUUUGCAGAUUCAUGGCUGGGACAGUGAGUCGGGCACUGCCAUCUUCCUGAAGCCCUGGUCCAAGGGCAACUUCAGUGAGGAAGAGGUGAUAGAACUAGAGGAACUAUUCCGAGUCUACCUUAUCGGAUUCAUUCGGGAAGUACAGGACCGUGCCAGUGAAUUCCACCUGGAAUAUCCCUUUCUGAUCCAGGGCAUAGCAGGCUGUGAGCUGCAUCCUGGGAAGCCCACAGUUAGCUUCUUGAGAGGCGCUUUAGGAGGACUGGAUUUCCUGAGCAUCAAGAAUGACUCCUGUGCACCUGCCCCAGAGGGCGGCAGCCGGGCGCAGCAGUUCUGCACGCUCAUCUCUCAGUACCAAGGUAUUUGCGACACUGUUGCGAAGCUUCUUUUGGAAACCUGCCCUCAGUAUCUCUUCGGUGUCCUCGAUGCAGGGAAGGCGGAACUGCAGAGGCAAGUGAAGCCAGAGGCCUGGCUGUCCAGUGGCCCCACUCCCGGGCCCGGCCGUCUGCUGCUGGUGUGCCAUGUCUCUGGCUUCCAUCCAAAACCCGUGUGGGCGAUGUGGAUGCGGGGUGAGCAGGAGCAGCCAGGCACUCAGCGAGGUGACGUCCUGCCCCAGGCUGACGGGACGUGGUACCUCCGAGUGACCCUGGAUGUGGCGGCCGGGGAGGCGGCCGGCCUGAGCUGCCGGGUGAGACACAGCAGUCUCGGAGACCAGGACAUCGUCCUGUACUGGGGACGUCCCACCUCCAUCGUCCUGAUAACUUUGGCGAUAGUGGUGCCGUCCUUGAUCCUUUUGAUCUGUCUCGCAUUAUGGCAUUUUAGGCGCUGGCCAUAUCAGAAUAUCUCAUGAGCCCUCACCGUGUCUCUUUUUCCGUUUGGAAUAAGUACCCAGAAGCCCAGAGGCUCAAGUUAUCAGCCCAGAAGUCAGUCUCAUCAUGUUUCAUCAAAUAAUCAUCAGAUUUGAUCAAAUCAGAGCUCCCAUAGGUUGCAAGAUAAAUCGUACUUCAUACACUGCCAGAAAAAUAAUUUAAAAUUGUACAUUUAUUAUCAGACGAUAUAAAUAGGAUCCACUCGGAUUUCAUAGAUGUGAGAUGUGAAAAAGAAUGUACCUUGGAAUAAAUGAAAUGAUGUACACAGCUUAAUGGUGAUAUCCCUUUGGCUUCUUAUUUUAAAACUUUUUUUUUUUUUGGCUGGCUUCUGCUGAAAUAUCAUUUGUCAAAGUCAGCUAACUAUACUUAUGCUGAGAUAAUUGUAUUUGCAGAGAUGCUGAGCAUUUUCAACCUAGUUUCUCUGCCUCUACCUGGAUGCUUUUCUAACCACGAGACCCAGCUGACAUGCUUCUUCCUCCAGGAAGCCCUCCUUAGUGCUACAGUGGAAGUAAUCAUCCCUUGGCUGUUGUCGUGCUGAGAUCCAUUUUACAGGGUACCUGCAACACUGCAGUCAUUUUUGUUUUCCUUUUCCUUCUACUGUUAAUUCCUUGAGAGUAGGGCUUGCUGUAGGUGGAUUCCUGGCAAGAUCUCUUUACUUGCACAUGUAUUUACUUAGUAAAAAUAAUCUGAGUUAAUAUAACUGCCGUAUUAAUGGUCUUUUUUUUUUCUCUCCAAAUCACCUUCCUUCUUUUUGUUUCUUUAGUUGAUAUUCUGCAUUUUCCUCUUACUAAAAUAUUCUCACACAGCAAACAUUAUCAUGUUCUCCUUGCC